UAACAAUGAUGGGCCCCUACAAUAAAAAAGUGUAUUGUUUCGUGCCUCAAUCUCCAUAUUUCCCACUUCUAUCCAUGAUUUCCUUCCAAUGAACCCAUGCUCUAAGCAGGAUCAUCAUCCUCACACUAUACUCUCUUCGUAUUCUCCCAUUUCACGAUGAAAAUGGCCUUACUUUCAUCUUCAUCAACCCCAAUUAAAUUCCCCACUCUAUCUCCUCUCCUUUCCAAAUCCCAUCACCCUAGCCAAAAACUUAAUCUUUUUCUUCUCCCUGAUGGAAACCCCAGAAAAACCCACCUUCCAGUUUUCCCUCUUAGAGUCUCUACUUCUGAUAAUGGAGCCGGGAUUGUAGCUUCAUCUACUGUCACUGUUGUUUCUGAGGAGAAAGUUCUGGAAACUUCCCCAUCUGAGGAAAAAGUUGGUGAGAAUUCUUCACUGAAAGUGGAUAAAAAUGAGGUGGAGGAAGAUGUUACUCCUGUUAAAGCUUCUAGUGAAGAAGUGAAGAAAUUCCAGGAUCCAAAAUGGGUUAAUGGGACUUGGGAUUUAAAACAGUUUGAGAAAAAUGGUAGUACUGAUUGGGAUGCUGUUAUUGAUGCUGAGGCGAGGAGGAGGCAAUGGCUCCAAACCUACCCAGAAUCAACCAGUAAUGACGAAUCUAUAGUUUUCGACACUUCGAUUAUUCCAUGGUGGGCAUGGAUGAAGAGAUUCCACCUUCCUGAAGCUGAACUUCUUAAUGGUCGUGCUGCAAUGGUCGGGUUCUUCAUGGCUUACUUUGUCGACAGCUUGACUGGUGUCGGACUUGUCGACCAAAUGAGCAACUUCUUCUGCAAAACCUUGUUAUUUAUCGCUGUUCUAGGGGUGCUGCUUAUCCGAAAGAAUGAAGAUCUAGAUAACUUAAAGAAGCUACUUGACGAGACAACUUUGUAUGACAAGCAAUGGCAAGCAACAUGGCAAGAAGAGAGCAACUCCACAUCUAAGAAAGAUUAACCCGUCUAGCUUAUCAGAUUUUUUUGAUCAAGAAAUGGUUUUGUUUGUAAGGUAAGGGAUAGCAUUCAUCAAAUAUUGUAUCCAUGAAGACUUGGUUAGCCCUUUAUUAAUAUUAUUACUUCGUGCUAAACUAGUUUGUUAUAAUCUGAAACCAAAAUAAUAUAUCUUUAUUUAACAAUUUGGAAAUUGAAGCACCUACCAUGGUCAUGGCAUCAACCCAACAUCCUGCACAAUGUCAGGGUCUAGGAGGAGGAAACGGACAAAUCAUAAUACCAAUAAUUUGAUUUCUUAAAAUUGUUAAAAAUAAUAGCUACUUUGUUCCUUAUUUUUUGUUUUGGAUUAUAAUAAACUACAGUGAAAUAACUCAUUAAAUCAUA